AUGAGUAAAUUAUUUGUUGAGUCAUUAGAUGAAGUCUCUUCAAAGAGCUUUGUUAAUAACCUUAACAAAGCUAAGGAUAGUAAUUCUACAACAAGUAGCAUCGAGUUCGAGAAAGAAUUUAAGGACGGUUCAAUGGCUUCCCAAAUUAAAAAAAAGGAAGAGAGAAAGCCAAAGAAGAGAGAUGAUAGCAAUGAUAAUGAACAUUAUGUAUUACGACCAUCAGGAAGUUUGGUAAAAAUGGGUGAUUUUGGAGCAUAUAAAGUCAAUGAUAUCCAAGUUACAAAGUCAGGCACACCUGUAACUAUACAAUCAAGUUGUAGUCUUGCAACCAUAAAGUAUUGUGAUUUUGGUUGGCUUGUUGUAUAA